AUCUAGAUGAAGAAGAUAAUACUCAUUUUCAGUCACAUUGGAUGAGGGCGGAACCCGUUAUAGUUAGAAAUGUUUUCCAGAAGACGUGGUUAUGUGGAGGGCUUGUAGGAAACUUAUUCCAAAAUCUAAUCGGAAACAAGAGACUUUGAGCAAGAACGAAACAAAAAGAGUCAGAAUAUCUAAGGAGAUCCAGUGACAAAUCUAUACUGUGAUAUUUCUGAUGUGGUCAAUUUGCUGACACACACGGCUAAAAUGGAUAAACCUCCCGAGCAAUACCAAAAGAUAAAAGUGGAACGUACAAACUAUGCAGAAGCCAAGUUGAGCAAACAUGUGAAAUCGAUAGACGAGCAGAAACUGGGUAGCCCAAAGGAAACUGAGGAUAGUGGCAAUGAGAACUCAACGUGUGUGCAUGGGGCGGCUGUUUGGGAAAUCUUUCAAAGAGAGGACGUUCCAAAACUUGUUCAGUUUUUGAAUAGUCACAAUCGUCACUCGGAGAACCAACUUGUAAAAUUUACUUUUUUCUUGAGUAAAAGUCAGAAAAAACAGCUGAAGGAGAAAUUUGAUGCACAUAUAGAACCAUGGACCUUUGAGCAACACCUCGGCGAGGCUGUUUUUAUCCCUGCAGUUUGUCCUCACCAAGUCGGGAAUAGACAGUCUUGUAUAAAGGUGGUAUUAGAUUUUAUUUCUCCUGAAAACGCAGAGGAAUACGUUAGGCUAACACAAGAGUUCCGGAGAUUACCGAGAGACCACAGAGCCAGCGAAGAUAAACUAGAGCUUAAGAAAUUAGUGCUGCAUGCAGCGAGCUCAGCCACUAAAGAGGCAAAAAAUCUAAUGGAGAAGUCCACACCUUUCGAUAUAUCAGACUGAACCACUGUUUGGAGCAAACGCUCCAUGGCGAUCGUUAAGGCGACACUACUUUUCAGGUUGAGAAUCUUCCUCUCUAUGAUCUCGUUAAUUUGAGUACUCGUCUUGUUUGAAGCACAAUUUCAAAAUUGCUAUCACUAUCACUUUCACAAACCCAUUAAAUCAGCACUGGAAUUCUCACUUGUGUUUACUCAAAACUCUAAUUUGUAGCAUUCAUUUCCUUUGCCUUGUAUGUUUUAUUUUAGCAAGUUGUUUCCUUAUCAUAC